AUGAGUACCAAUGGCUCGAUACAACCGCCUACGAUCAUUACGUCAUUACCACGACCACCAGCUACCAUUGGAGCUACUACAGGAUCAGUAUUGACCACCAUGUCUUCCUCUCCCGCACCUUCAUCUGCCAAUGCAUCUUUCUCACCAUACUCCAAGAGUCCUGCACCUACCGCUAGACGCGUCGCUAUGGAAGGUAAGAGCUUGUUUACGUGCCAUCAGUGUGGUGCAUUGCUCAAGUUUCAAUACAGUCCAGUGUCGAUUGAGGAGAAAAUUAUGAAGCUUCGACCAGUGGUCUACGAGCACCCAUCAGAACCGUGUGGGCAACGAGACAGCAAGGGAGAAGACGAGGAAGAGCAGAUACCGAGACUUACGGAAGGAACAGAUGCUGGAGAGACCACUGAUGUAGAAGAAGAGGAGGAGACAGCACAUAUUAUGGCGAGGUCGUCACUAAGUCAACAGCAACAGCAGCAAAAGACGUCAGCUAUUGUUCCCGAGAUUGUGUGGGAGCAACAACAUUUGGACGACAUUGGUGAUGCUAAUGUUUGGGUGCCCGCUGAAUCUGAUCUCAUGAAUGGAAUCGCAGCCUUUACGAGCUGCAAUCGUGGAGACAUUGGACAGAAUAUUGCGGAUGUAGUACCGGCGCGACUACUGAACAAGCCACACUUGUGGAUAUCGGACUGGAAGGUGGAUCACUCUCUUCCGCAUUGCGAUGAAGAAGGAUGGGUGUACGCAGCCUCGUUUGCAGAUUUUGACAAGAUGGAGAAACCCCGUGUUUUUGCAAAGGAGGCAGUGGAAAGUGGCAAGCAAAGCGAAAGUGCAGCAAAGACUGAUGCGAUCUCACAGGAGCGUGUUGUUCGUCGAAGGUGUUUGAUCCGCAAGCGUCGCAUUGAUGGUAGCGAUCUCAGCUGGUUCCAGGAAUUACUGGACUGCAGCACAAUUCUUCUGAAAAAGAGACUACCUACUUGUCAUGACUGUGAAAGUAAGGUACUUUCCCAAUAUACUCAAGUAUUGAACGAACUGGAGGAAGAUCGAGCUCAAUACGAGGGUUUUGUAGCUCAGUUUGCAGACGAAAAGCGGACAUCAGCACGAGCGUUUUGCGAUGAUGGAGAUUACAAUGCCGACGAGUGGCAUGAUGAUCCAAAACUUCGCGCUCUGGAGGAGGAAGAACGGCAACUAAAGGCUGAGUUAGAGGCUAUUGAGGAUGAGACUGUACAAGUGACAGCUAAAAGACGUGACCUUUGGUCAACUGGCAUUGAUCUCGAGCAUUUGAUCCAUGGCACGUUUGCUGAAGGAGCAUUCCUGCAGCAUUUGUUGGGUCUGAGUCGGGACGAGCGCCAGUCAGUGGGUGUAUUUGCAGUGCAUGCAUCAGAUAUGCUGCGCCGCCUUCAGCGCUACAACGUGUGCAACGAUGUUUUCCACAUCUGGCACGACGGUCUGUUUGGUACCAUUAAUGGACUGAGGCUUGGCAGGUUGCCGUCUAAACCGGUGGAGUGGGUCGAAAUUAAUGCGGCAAUGGGUCAAGCAGUGUUGUUGCUGGCAACUAUCGCUGACCGCGCCAAUUUUGAAUUUUCGCGUAAUCGUCUUGUGCCUCGAGGUAGCUUCUCUCGUGUAGUCAAUAUGUACGGGAAAGAGUACAGUCUGUACAGCGAUGGCGGCAUGUUUCGUCGCCGAGGCUUCAAUCAAGCUAUGAUUCUAUUUCUCGAGUGCGUGGAGGACGCAGGUCGUCGUGCGAUGAAAGAGGAACCAUCGCUCAAGUUCCCGUACAAGGUGGAACGCGGUAAAAUUGGUGGCCUGCCUAUUUCUCUUGGCAACGACGAGCAGUGGACUCGAGCGCUCAAGUACAUGCUCACGCACCUUAAAUGGCUUUUGGCUUGGAUUUCGAAACGCUACUGA